UGAUAACAAGCUAUUCAGGAUUCAUAGUAUAGCUGUCUAUAUACAGUGCAAUGGUUUCGAUAAUAUUAUCAUAGGGUGUUGCAUUUCUUAGUCGAACAUAUCAAAAUCAUUAAUUAAUGAAAUAUUUGUAUUUCUACUCGAAAUCAAUGGAUGUCAGAAUUUGCUGAGAAAAAAAAAAUUGAAUUCACCAGCUAGAUAUUUAGUUUUUUAUUGAGAAAGAGAUGAAAUGAAGGCUCCAAUCCAGGAAGAGAGGUUCUUGCCUCAAAUCAUAGCAAUCUUAAUUGCAAGUAUUUCCACCAUCACAUAUGGAAUACUCUUCGCUUGGACUUCUCCAUUCAUCGUCAUGAUAUUGGAAGACAAAGAGAACUAUAGUAUAACCGAAGAUGAAGCAUCUUUCUUCACCGUCAUUCCACCGAUUUCCAUGAUUUUACUGGUGCCUGCUUUCGGUAAACUGAGUGACGCCAUCGGCAGAAAAAAAGUACUACUGAUACUGACUGUUCCGCACAUGCUGAGUUUCUUAUUCACCGUGAUUUCAAAUAAUGUGUGGGUCUUGUACCUCUCCAGAUUUUGCGUGGGAAUUGGGGAUGCAUGUGUCCACGCCAGUCUACCGAUUUACAUCGGAGAAAUAUCAGUGCCAAAAAUUCGGGGUUCCUGUGGAAACUUGUUUAGCACAUUUACGCUAGUCGGAGUGUUUAUGAUAAACGUUAUAGGCUCGUAUUUCGAUGUGCGACAGUCUGGAUUGAUUUGAAAUGAAGAGAGUGCUAAGAAAUCCUUGAGAUGGCUCAGAGGCAUAGAAGACGUGGACGAAAUAUGUAACAAACUGAAGAUCGACAUGAAGAGACAGCUUUCAGAACGGGGCACAUGGAAAGAUCUCUUCCUCGUCAGAGCAAACAGGAGAGCUCUUGCAGCAGGAGUUUUCCUAAGAGUUUCUCAACAACUGAUUGGUACAGGAACAAUAACAAUGUACACCAAAUUCAUUUUCGAGCAAUCCGAGGCUGGUCUGAGCUCGGAAACGACUAGUAUGGUAGCCAGUGGUCUAGGACUCAUUUGUGUCUUCAUAUCUGGAUUUUUACUCGAGAUACUCGGAAGAAAAAAAUUAUUCAUGUGGUCACUUGGUGUUUGUAGUAUCACACUCAUCAUAAUGGGAAUUUACUUUUGCAUAGAACAAUAUGCAAUAGAUAUAAACCUGGAAGCUGUGAAAUGGACUCCGAUGGUUUGUACAAUUCUUUACACCAUUGGAAUCGAUUCAGGUUGUUUUAGCAUUCCUACGCUCAUGGCUGGUGAACUCUUUUCUGCUAGCAUUAAAGCGAAAGCAGUUAGUGUCCUCAUAUGGACCUAUGGGAUUAUGUUAUUCGUGAGCAAUAAUAUUUUUCACUUUCUGAACGUAUCAGUUGGGCUCUAUGCACCAUUCUUAUUGUUUGGAAUCAUUUCUAUCUUCUCAGUAUUCAUAACAACUCACCUAGUACCAGAAACGAAAGCAAGUAUUUCAACCAUCACAUAUGGAAUACUCUUCGCUUGGACUUCUCCGUUCAUCGUCAAGAUAGUGGAAGACAAAGAGAACUAUAGUAUAACCGAAGAUGAAGCAUCUUCCUUCACCGUCAUUCCACCGAUUUCCAUGGUUUUGCUGGUGCCUGUUUUCGAGGAUGAAGAGAGUGCUAAGAAGUCCUCGAGAUGGCUCAGAGGCAGAGAAGACGUGGACGAAAUAUGUAACAAACUGAAGAUCGACAUAAAAAGACAGCUUUCAGAACGGGGAACAUGGAAAGAUCUCUUCCUCGUCAAAGCAAACAGAAGAGCUCUUGCAGCAGGAGUUUUCCUGCGAGUUUCUCAACAACUGAUUGGUACAGGAACAAUAACAAUGUACACCAAAUUUAUUUUCGAGAGAUCCCAGGCUGGACUCAGCUCGGAAAUUACUAGUAUGGUGGCUAGUGGGCUAGGAGUUAUUUGUGUCUUCAUAUCUGGAUUUUUACUCGAGAUACUCGGGAGGAAAAAAGUAUACAUGUGGUCACUUAGUUCUUGUAGUUUAACACUCAUUAUAAUGGGCAACUACUUUUGUAUAGAACAAUAUGCAACAGAUAUCAACCUGGAAGCUGUGAAAUGGACUCCAAUGGAUUGUACAAUUCUUUACACCAUUGGAGUUGAUUCAGGUUGCUUUAGCAUUCCUACGCUCAUGACUGAUGAACUAUUCUCUGCUAGUAUCAAAGCAAAAGCUGUGAGUGUGCUUAUAUGGACCUAUGGGAUCAUGAUAUUCGUGAGCAGUAAUAUUUUUCACCUUCUGAACGUACAAGUUGGGCUCUAUGCACCAUUCUUAUUGUUUGGAAUCAUUUCCAUUUUUUCAGUAUUCACAACUAGUUACCUAGUACCAGAAACGAAAGGUAAAACUCUGGAAGAAAUUCAACAAGAUUUAGGUGGUGACAAUAUUCAGAGAACGAUAAAAAGUGAAGAAGAUGGCAUACAUAAAAGCUAAAUGAAUUUAGAUGUAUAGGUACUCAGUGAUCAACGUUUAAAUGAACUAUGUUAUCCUCUAUAUCGGCUUGUCUAACUGAACUCUCCUACACAUAUCUAUAUUUGAAGCAUCUAUAGAUGUAUGAAGCAUUGUGUAAUAAUCAUAUUGUCUGCAAGUUAGAGUACCAUUCGACUGUUAAACAGCCAUAUUAUAUUUCUUAUUCGUAUCAGUAUUCAUUCCAAUAUUUAUCACCUGAUAGUUUGUUCUACCUGGUAUACAUGCGUUUU